AGGGAAACUUGAAACCGGAGAUAAUUAGAGAGAAGGAGAGACCCCAAAAAGAGAAGGAAAAAAAAAUGGCUGCUUCUGCUUCUGCUUCACUAACCUCGUCGGCGACAGAAGAGGAGAUAACACUGACAGUCAAAUGGAGCGGAAAGGAGUACACUGUCCGAGUCUGCGGCAACGAUUCAGUAGCCGAGUUGAAGCGCAGUAUCUGCGAACUCACCAACGUUUUGCCGAAGAGACAAAAGCUUCUUUACCCCAAAAUUGGUAACAAACUCGCCGAUGAAUCAGUUUUGCUCUCUCAAUUACCUAUCAAAUCCUCUCUCAAGAUGACCAUGAUCGGAACUGUUGAAGAUGAUAUUAUCGUGGAUCAAGUGGACUCUCCAGAGAUUGUUGAUGAUUUUGAACUUGGGCAAGAUGAAGCUGUUGAUAUUAAAGAUAAGGAAGUCAAUAAGCAGAAACUGAGGAAGCGUAUAGAUCAAUUCAAGAUUGAACUUAAAAAUCCAUGUCGUCCAGGAAAGAAACUGCUUGUUCUGGAUAUUGACUAUACACUGUUUGAUCACCGAUCCACAGCAGAGAAUCCACUUGAACUCAUGCGGCCAUAUCUUCAUGAGUUUUUCACUGCCGUUUAUGCAGAAUAUGACAUAAUGAUAUGGUCUGCAACCAGCAUGAAGUGGGUUGAAUUGAAGAUGGGACAACUUGGGGUCCUCAACAAUCCUAACUACAAAAUAACAGCUCUUUUAGACCACUUAGCAAUGAUUACAGUUCAAUCAGACUCUCGUGGGAUCUUUGACUGCAAGCCGCUUGGAUUGAUUUGGGCUAAAUUCCCAGAGUUUUACAGUUCAAAAAACACUAUAAUGUUCGACGAUCUGCGAAGAAAUUUCGUGAUGAACCCAAGAAAUGGUUUGGUAAUCAAGCCAUUCAGGAAGGCUCAUGCUAACCGAGAUAAUGAUCAGGAGCUUGUGAAGCUCACACAAUACUUGCUUGCCAUUGCAGAGCUUGAUGAUUUAAGUGUCCUGGAUCAUAAAAACUGGGAGUUCUUUGCUGAGGGCAAUGCUAAAAACCGUAGGCGUACCUGAGUCAUAACAAAUUUUGAAACUUUAAAGUUUGCUGCUUGUACCUUCCUUUUGAGGGAUUCCAAGGUUGGAUUCGAUGCGGAUAUAGAGCUUAUGGCCAGCCUGUUUGUGUUCCCUUCUUUAUUAUGUAAAUGACAAGAAUUGAACAGUCUUGGGGAAUGCUUGGAAUUGUUUGAGACAGUUUUAGAAUUCCUUGCCAUAUUCUAUCGAAACUCUCCAGGUAGUCCCAAGGCUUCCUCUUUAUUAUGAUGUGAUUUCUCAACGUGGGUGCCAAUGGCCUGGGUUAGCUCUAGAUAUUACCCUGUGAAACUUGUAUGGUAGGUAGUAAUCGAGUAGUUCUUGUGUGAUGGAAAGAUUUUUAGAUAACUGUGCAUGUGUUUGUGUGUGGAGGAUACAGUAUUUUCUUGUUUUUUUUAAUUAUGUAUUUUAUUUGAUUUUA